UCUCAAACAAUCAAUUAUUAGUAAACGUGUUUUCAAAACCUGUUUUUUAUUCGAGUUUAGAUUGUUUGGAUUAACUUUCGUAAAAAUUAAUGAAAAUAUUGAUAAGAGAUGGAUCAAAGGCCAAUAAGGCGAUUUUCAAUGCUAAGAUACUGAAUAUAUUGGUGGGAAUCUCUCACGCAGAAUAUUUUUCUACUGAUCAUGAAGAAGAGUUGUGAAUAGAAACAGUGACGCGUUUUGUGUUGAAAUGUCGGCCAAAGUCCUGCAAUACAACUCUCACGAGUUGGAAACUUUCCUCCCUCACAGUCAACCAACUUACAUCAAUCCAGUGCCUACCCAAAUUAAUUAUUACGGCUGUUCUUACGAAGCCAAUUUAAAACAAUACUUGCUUGCUGCAAGAACCACACGUUAUGGAAGUGUUUAUAAAUCACAACCAAAAUUCAUCUACAUUAGACCUAGUCCCCAAGCUGAUGUUAAAGUCACACUGAGUGAAAACGAGAAAGAUUUGAAUCCAGUUAAGGAGGAUUUUGACCCUUUCAAGGCCCGACAUUUGGACCAACCUGUCUCGAGCGGCGCCACCCUCACCCACCUCCUCAAAUCCUCCCUCGGCACCGGAAUUCUUUCAAUGCCUGCAGCAUUCAAAGCUUCCGGUCUUUGGCUCGGCGUUUUCACCACCAUAUUGGUAUCCCUGAUUUGCACACACACUGCCUAUGCUCUAGUCAGCUCGGCUCACGCCUUGUACCGCAAAGCCGGCAAAACCUCAAUGAGCUACGCGGAAGUUGCCGAAGAAGCCUGUCUUCGGGGACCCCCCUGGUCGAAAAAAUACGCAUUUCUACUCAAACAACUGGUUUUAUGGGGGAUUUUCGUGACGUAUUAUGCAACCGGAAGUUGCUACGCUGUCAUCGUAGCCGAAAAUUUCAAUUACGUAGCUUUCAACUAUUUAGGGAAUUUCGAUAAGAGGAUCACGAUAGCCAUGCUUUUUUUGCCGUUUUUGCUCAUUGCGUAUGUGCCAAAUUUGAAGUAUUUGGCACCAGUGUCCAUGGUUGCCAAUUGUUGCAUGGCGGUGGGGCUGGGAAUCACCUGUUAUUACCUACUGAGUGACAUUCCGUCGAUUUCUGACAGACCGGCGGUGACAAAUCUGGCAACAUUGCCUGUUUGUAUCAGUAUAGUGAUUUUUGCGAUUGAAGCUAUCGGAGUUGUAAUGCCACUCGAAAACAAUAUGAAGUCGCCCCAAAAGUUUGUCGGACUUUUCGGGGUACUCAACCAAGGCAUGACUUAUGUGACCAUUCUGUAUAUAAUUUUAGGGUUUUUGGGGUAUCUCAAAUAUGGGGAACUUACAGCAGAUUCCAUCACGUUGAACCUUCCACGAGAGGAAUACGCUGCCCAAGCUGUCAAUCUCCUCAUCGGCCUCGCAGUAUUUUUUACCUACGGUCUAGUAUUUUACGUUUGUUUGGACAUUUUUUGGUCCGAAAUCAAGCAUCGUUACACUAGCAAAACCAUGCUUGCCAACUACGUCCUAAGAACUGUUCUUGUGAUGAUAAAUAUCGUUAUUGCGAUUCUAGUGCCGGCGAUUGUGCCCUUUGUUGGUUUAAUCGGAGCGUUUUGUUUCUCGAUUUUGGGGCUUGUGUGCCCAGUGAUUAUCGAAAUUUUCACGUUUUGGGAUCAGGGAUUUGGGAGGUUUUAUUGGAAACUUUUCAAGCAUGUGAUUGUGGUUUGUAUGGCGUUGCUUGCUGUUGUUUUUGGGUCGAAAGCGGCCAUUUCUGACAUUGCGAAAACGUUUUAACUGGGAGAAAUUGACUAUUUAUUGUGUACAAGUGGGUAAAAAUGUGAUUAUUAAUAAAAAUGUAGCUUUUGUGCCGCAUAAACUAGGAAAGAUAUUAUUGAUUUUGAGUAUUUAUUUUUGGUUUUUGUAAUAAAAUAAUUGUUUAAUUUUUUUCUUUUUAA